AUGCUGAAACUUGGACCAGUCAUUGACGAACAAACUCAGGAGGACGGAGAAGGAGAAGAUGAAGAAGAAGAGGAGGAAGAAGAGGAAGAAGAAGAGGAAGUAAAGCCUAGAAAGAAAGCUGCUGUUGCUAGAAAGCGGUCUGAAAGUGUAUCUGGUAGCGAGGAUGAAGAGGAUGAAGCUCCGAGUGACGGAGGUGGAUCUGACUAUGAACCCGAUGAACCAAUCAAGUUGCCGAAGAAAGGAGGUCGUAAGUCUGCCGGAACACCGAAGCGGAAGAAAAGAGGCUCAGAUGACGAGUCCAGCGGAGAGGAAUGGGGCUCAUCCAAAAAGAAAAAGGGUGGUGCUAAGAAGAAGAGGGCAAACAGUGAUGACGAUUCUGAAGACGAAAAACCUAAGAAGAAAAGAAAAGCGCCAGCAGGCGGAGCGAAGGGAGGAUAUGUUGCUCCUGUACAGUUGUCAGCUGACCUAGCGGACAUUGUUGGAGGGGAUAAUAUGCCCAGACACGAGGUUGUUAAAAGGAUGUGGAAGUAUAUCAAGGAUAAUAAUCUCCAGGAUCCUAAGAACAAGCAGAUGAUUAAAUGUGACGAGAAACUUUCAAAGAUUAUCCCGACCAAGAAGUUCCGAGGGUUUGGAAUGACAAAGUUCCUAAAGGAUCAUAUGAACGUUGACAAGAACGUUGACUAGAGAUGGAUCAAGGAUCAAAUGAACGUUGACUAAGGAUGGAUCAAGCACUGGCCCAAACUUAUCUCUUGCUAAGCAUAAAAUUGUCCCUUUACAACAUGUGCAUUUUCUGUAUCUUCUUUAUUUUGUUUCAUGCAGUUAUCUUUAUUUUUA